AUGAAGUUCUCACCCCUAGUUACUCUACUUCCUGCCGUGUUACCAUUAGUGCAUGGUGCCCCUGCUCGCAGGGAUGCUCCCAAUCCCGGUCUACGAGGAAGCGACUCACUAGUUGGAUAUUCAACAUCUAACGAGGGUGGCAGCGACUCACCACCGGACAUUAAGUAUACUCUUCUUCCCGGGCAGAAGGAGGAUCCUAAAAUUGGGUCAUACCUUGAUUUUGAGAAAGCCGACAAUCCGCAGCCGAUUCGUGGUUCUACGGGUUCUGAUGAUCCCGGUCCGAGGAACUAUUACUAUGACAGAAUCAAUAGCGAUAAACUUGCACCUCCCGGAACUGACCACGGACAAACCAUCAAUGCACAGUGGCCAAUGGGAUUGAGUCACAACAGAUUUGGAAUCGAUGGAGCUGGUUGGGCUCGCCAAGAGAACACAAAUGUGAUGCCCGAUGCGACACUUAUGGCUGGCGUGAAUAUGCGCUUGUCACCCGCUGGUUACCGUGAACUUCACUGGCAUGUGGCCGCCGAAUGGUCCUUAGUGCUAAAUGGAUCAGCUCGAAUCCAGGCUGUGAACGAGAACGGAGAGACAUUUAUCGAUGACGUUGCUGCCGGCGAUGUUUGGUACUUCCCACCUGGCGUACCUCAUUCUAUUCAAGCCCUCGAUGCUGGAGUCGAGUUCCUUCUCGUGUUCGACGAUGGAGACUUCAGCGAGGAUAAUACAUUUCUCGCAACAGAGGUCUUCCUCCACACUCCGAGAGAGGUCCUCUCAAAGAACUUUGGUGUUGAUGUAUCAGCAUUUGACAAGAUCCCCGACGACGAACUUUACAUUUUCAAGGGCACACCCGCCCCAGCAGACAUCCAGAAACAGAAUGUGACGACAACUUCUGGCCUUGUACCUCGCGAUCAGAGCUAUUCAUAUCAUUUCUCGGAGCAGCCGGCCCACGAAGUCGCCGGCGGUUCAGUCAAGAUCGUUGACCCUCUCACUUUCCCCAUCGCAAAAAACUUCUCUGCCGCUGUUGUUACCGUUCAUCCGGGCGGCAUGCGCGAAAUCCACUGGCAUCCAACCAGUGACGAAUGGACAUUCUUUAUUUCGGGUCAGGGCCGAGCCACGCUUUUCACUGCCCCGAAUGCUGCGACUACAUUUGACUAUACUGCUGGCGAUGUUGGCUAUUUCCCAAAGUCCAGUAGCCACUAUGUUGAGAAUACCGGGGAUGAAAACUUGGUCUUUUUGGAGGUGCUCCAGGCUUCCGAAUUUACAGAUAUGGCACUUGGUCAAUGGAUCGCGUCUACGCCAAGACAAAUCAUUGCGGAUACACUGAACCUCAGUGAUGACAUGAUUAACAACCUCAAGACCGAGAAGCAAUUUGUUGUCGCUGGUCAUAGCAGUUAG